AGAUACAGACUAAAAAACAAAUCUGAGAAAUCACAGCAUUUAAAGAGAAGAUUAAAAUAUUUUCUUCUGCUUGUCUUGACUGGCCUUCAAGGGCUUUUCUUCUUUAGGGCACCCUUUAAAAUAAAUGCUAUACAAAACAAGAUUAUUAAAAUAUGGAAUUUUCGUGAUGACUGGAAUGAUGCUUUUGAUACGAAUAUGAUAAUCCAUCAUGUGCAUCAUUCUGUGAACUGCAAAAUAAAUAGAGGUGCAUGGACCAUAUACAGUACCGGUAGGCUGGGCAACCAGAUGGGGCAAUAUGCAACCUUGUAUUCUCUGGCAAAAUUAAAUGGUCAUAAACCAUGCAUACUUCCAGAAAUGUAUGACGCCUUAGUGCCUCUUUUCAACAUCACUUUGCCUGUGAUCCAAGAGGCUAUAGCUCUUGAAAUUCCUUGGAAAAUCUAUAACCUUCACGACUGGAUGUCACCAAGAUAUUACAAUAUUCGAGGAAAAUAUGUCCUGCUUCAUGGAUAUCCCUGUUCUUGGACAUUCUACCAUCAUAUCAGGAAUGAGAUCCACAGAGAAUUCACCUUCCAUGACCAUAUUAAACAAAGAGUGAACAACUAUCUUUGUAAGCUUAAGGGAGAGCGCAAAAAAGUGACCUUUGUUGGUAUCCAUGUCAGAAGGGGUGAUUAUGUUAACUUAAUGCCUAAUUUAUGGAAGGGAGUCCUAGCUGAUAAGGCUUACUUGGAAAAGGCCAUGUCCUAUUUUAGAACUAAAUACAAAGGGUGCCUUUUUGUUGUUGCCAGCAAUGGAAUGGGCUGGUGCAAAAAAAACAUAGAUGCUUCUAAAGGUGAUGUCCACUUCCUAGACAAUGGAAAUGAAAAACUUCCAUGGAAAGACUUCUCGAUUCUGGCUCAUUGCAAUCACACUAUAAUGACUAUAGGAACCUUUGGUUACUGGGUGGCUUAUUUGGCUGGUGGAGAAACAAUCUAUCUCAGCAAUUUCACACUUUCUGAAUCUAAGUUCUUAAACUUGUUCAGAGAAGAAUCUGCCUUCCUUCCAGAAUGGAAGGGAAUUGCCGCAAACCUCUCUGCUCUUAUUUCUUCUAAUCAUUCCUGAAACAGGAGAAAUAGUCAUUGCCUGACAUUUCCCACAAAAUAACAACACAAGUCUGAUAUUUUACCAAAGUGAUUCUACUUGGCAUGUAACUAGGUAAACUCCUAAGGUCAUCAUUGCAAUGCUGACGUGCUAAUUUUCUGUAGAAGUAUGGUGAAUGUUCUAGACAUUUAUAUUACAUAUACUUUUACUUCAACUUCCACCAAUUUUAUUUGCAUAUUA